AUGACUCAAAAGAAAGUAAACGAGAAUCAAAAAAAGAAAAGAAGGAAAAGAAAGAAGAAAAGAACCUUUUGUCAAAGAUGCAGACGCAGAAUUUGCAGAUGGUUGUAUAGAAGAAUUAAAAGAUGUUGUAAAAAAACAAUAUUUGGUGUUCCAGAUCCCAAACUAUCAGAUUAUGAGAUCGGUGGGAUAAAUUUAGCUGAUGCUAAAGAUAAAUUACAAAGAAAGAAAAGCAAAUCGAUUAAGGACAAUGAUAAAAAAAAGUCAAUAGUCACUCUUUAUAAAAACAAAAAGAAGUCUGCCAUAAGUGUGCCGUUUAAAGAUAAACUUUUAAAAGAAUACGAAGACAUUUCUCUAUUAAAACCUAAAGGAAGUACUAUAAAAUCUUUAUUUAAUGACUUAAAGGAAAGAAAUUUGUACGUGGGUUUAUCUAAAGACUCAAAGCUAAAUCUAACCAAAAGCGAUAGGGAAAAAUUUAGACAGAAAGCAAAUGAAUAUGAAGAAAAAUAUAAUAAGGAUUAUAAAGACAAGUAUAAGAAAGCUUCCUACUUGAAAAACUAUGAGGAUAAAUAUAAAAAGAAAUCCAUUUUGGACCUUAACUUAUUGGAAAAAAUGGAUAAAGCGGAACUAAAGAAAAAGUUGUCUAUAACCUCCUCAAAGCAUAAAGUAUUGAAAAGUAUGCUUAGCGAUUAUAAAAAGAAGAAGUUUUCCAUCACCCAAUUAUUUGGUAAAUCUAAAGUAGAUUUAGAUAAACUCGAUAAAGACGAUUUAAAAAAAGUAUUAGAAAUUUACAAAGACAAGGAUAAAGCGAAAAAUAUACCAUUUGUUAAGCAAUCUAAACUGAAGCAGCUUAAAUCUGAUUGGAGAGCUAAAUUAGCUAAAUUGUACUGA